AUGCAUACUCUUUCUCUCGUACUUCUCCAGGCUUCGGCGGCCGUCGCCUACCCCUGGGUCUCUGGCCAGCCGGGUGUCAACUCUGGGCUCUUCAGGAACGCACGCACUGUCGAAAGACGCCAGGCCAACUGCCCUUUCAACCCUGUCCAUAAGGGUGCCGCUCCAUACACUGCUCCUUACACCUACACUGGGGCCAAGAACGGUGUACCUGGUAGCCAAAAGGGUGGUAUCAAAGUCCCAGCAGACGGCGAUACGGCUCAUGCCUACACUCCUCCCGGACCUAACGAUAUUCGUGGACCAUGCCCAGGUCUGAACGCUGCAGCUAACCACAACUUCCUUUCGCAUGAUGGUAUAACCAACUUCCAGGAGUUGGUCGAUGCCCAACAGAAUGUUUAUAACGUAGGCUAUGACCUAGCUGUCCUUCUCGCAGUCCUUGGUAUCGAGGCUGGUGGUGACGUACUCUCUGGUCGCUUGAGUAUCGGUUGCGAUGCUACAUCUCGUACUGCGACGCUUCCUAUUCUGGGCACCCAGCCCGGUCUUGAUGGCCACAACAAGUUUGAGGCAGAUUCGUCGCUCACGCGUAACGAUUUCUUCCUCGCAGACGGGGAUAACUACAGCUUUAACGGCACACUGUUCGCAGAGAUGAAGGCAGUCGCUGACAAGGUUUCUGGUGGAAACUUUGAUCGCAAUGCUCUCGCCGCAUACCGCAGCCAGCGGUACGAAGAGUCUGUUCAAGAGAACCCCAAUUUCUUCUUUGGACCCCUGUCUCUGUUGCUUUACGGAGCCGCCUCCUUCCUCUACGAACUCUUCCCCAGCUACGGCGACAAGGGCGUACCGGAUCUUGCGACAAUGAAGUCCUUCUUUGGAGCUGUCGAAGACUCGUCUGCACCAGGUGGCUGGCGUCACGUCCCCGAGCGCAUUCCUGACAACUGGUUCUCGCGUGUCGAGCCCUACAAAAACAUGGAUGUUACCAACGAGAUUCUGGCCCAGUAUCUCAAGUAUCCCAAGCUAUUCGGAGGUAACGUGGGCACGAACAACUUCGAUGCCUUGUCCACACCAUUCGAUAUUCUUGUCGACGGCAAGCUACCCAACGAUGUUACAGCGGCGCAGCUGCUUUGCUUGCUUUACCAGCUGGGUGUCAUGGCUGUUCCCAGCACUCUGAGUACCGUCACUGAUAUCACUGGUGCCGUGCUGGAUUUCGGUAUCGGAAAGCUGAACCCGGUGUUCAAGAACGCUGGAUGCCCCUUGAAGGUUGGCUAA